AUGGUAACAAGCAAUCAAGCGCGUUCUGUAUAUUUGUCGAGGGUUCCUACGGCGUAUCUCAACCCUACUCUUCGAGCGCUUAAGCGUUCUGCUACAGUCAAAGUGAAGUCUCGUCCAACCUUUGUAGUUCAGCUACCGCCUGCGCCCAAACAACGAUCAGGUUCUGAGUCUCUUGCGCAGCAUUUAAGUCGUAGGUCCGCUCCGCAGCUCCGCGAUAGUACCCGAGAAUAUGCUGUUUUCCGUAUCAAACGCACGUGUAGUCGCAUCUACAGCCGAUAG